CAUGCAACUAUGUCUCCCAACCCCCUUAAACUAUUUAAUUGAUGGCCAUCAAUGACCCCAUUCAUUUUAAUACUACACUGAACUUAUAUAUAGACUCACUUUAAUCUUAAUUUGUCCAAAAUUCUUCAAAAAAUCCCACUUGAUGCUGUCUUUGAUAUUGUUCUUGCACAUGAAAGGGGCAAGAUUUUGAAGAUUGGUUUUUGUCAAAUUUUGAUGAAAAUGGAGACAGAAGAAGGAAAAUCAUUGGUGGAAACACCAACAUGGGCUGUUGCUAGUGUUGUGUCAGUCAUGGUUCUUGUUGGAUUCUUCAUUAAUGCAACUCUUGGACACACUGAGAAGUGGUUAUAUAGAACAAAGAGGAAAGCUCUUAGUGCUGCUCUAGACAAGAUCAAAGAAGAACUAAUGCUCUUUGCUGUGCUGUCAUUGCUUAUGGGUCAUUGGAUUAUUUACGCUGCCAAGAUUUGUGUUAAAUCAUCGGCGAUUAGUAGCCAGUUUUAUCCGUGUUCAGUUGAUAAAAGUUCUGUUGAGCCACUUAAUCAUCACUUAUCAUCCGAUAACUUUUCAAAUUACUCGAUUUCCAGACAGCUUUUGAGCCAUAAACACAGUCAAAUAUGCCCCGAGGGUAGUUCAUCCUUUGUUUCAAAAGAAAGUCUAGAGCAGCUUCACCGCUUCUUGCUUGUUUUGGGUGUAACACAUGUAUCUUACAGCUUCUUCGCGAUCGCCCUCGCCAUGAUCAAGAUCUACAGUUGGAAAAUUUGGGAAAACCAUGCCAAGUCCCUGGCUCACCCUAGACCACAAGGAAUGACAAGAUUAUCGACUUUCGUUUAUCACAACACUUCUCAUCCAUGGAGCCAGCACAAUAUCCUUGUUUGGCUGCUUUGUUUCACCAGACAGAUUUGGAGUUCUAUAAAUAGAGCAGAUUACAAAGCUUUGAGAUUGGGAUUUAUAACAACUCAUAACCUACCACUAUCAUAUGACUUUCAUAACUAUAUGCUUCGAAGCAUGGAGGAAGAGUUUCGAGAUAUAGUUGGGAUAAGCAUCCCUCUAUGGAUUUUUGCCAUUUCAUGCAUUUUUCUUGGUUUUCAUGGUACAAAUAUCUACUUCUGGCUCUCCUUCCUUCCAGCAGUUUUCGUUCUCCUUGUGGGUACUAAACUGCACCGGAUAGUGAUAAAACUAGCAGUUGAAACCAAGAACACGAGUCAAAGUAGUCAGAUUAACUUGAGGGAUGAGCUUUUCUGGUUUGGAAGGCCGAGGCUUCUGUUACGGUUAAUACAGUUUAUAUCAUUCCAGAAUGCUUUUGAAAUGGCUACCUGUCUUUGGUCCCUGUGGGAGGUGAAUGAAACUUCUUGUUUUACAAAAAACCAUACCUUUCUAGUGAUCCGCUUGACAUUCGGGAUUAUCUCACAGAUUUGGUGUAGUUUCAUCACAUUUCCUCUCUAUGUCAUUGUUACUCAGAUGGGCUCUCGGUUUAAGAAAACCAUAGUGUCCGAAAACGUAAGAGAGUCAUUGCAUACAUGGCGGAGGAGGGUAAAGGCUAAACACAAACAUGAUCCCCCUUUCACCCUUCUCCCAACAACAUCAUCAAACAUGUCGUUGGACUCGAUGGUGGAUGAUGAUCAUGAUGAGCCCAUCGCACGUGUACACGCGUUUUUGGACAAAAGUAAAAGUAAUUCUGAUAUCGAAGUUUCAACACAUGAUGAAAAUGUCUAUUCAGAUCCGGAUAGGCAUGAGAAUGAAGAUUGUGAUGAGAUAUAUAGUUCAUCUGAAUUGCAACGAUUUGAACCUGUAACCGAGAGUUUAUAGAUUUUCGGUAGUACCAAGUCAUGGCCUUAAAUAUUGUUGCAUGGAUUCUUGAUGAAUCAAAUUGAACCACAAAGGUUGACCAUAUAUUGAUAUGUGUGUGACAUAUUGGGUUACAUUAUGUAGAGAACAAUACUACACAUCA